AAACUCCCAAACGGGACCUUAGGGCUCUCCGCCUGAAACAUUUCCUUUCACCAGGUGCUCUCCUGGCACACAUAAGAGCUCCUGCCAAGUUUCACUAUCUAACGCGAAUCUUACAUAAAUGUGCAUGCAUGCAUUCAUACUAUAGUUAACGACUACGCGCCAAUAGUCGAUAUGCGUAACAGCUGUAGUCCUAGUUCAAUGUGUAACUGAAGGUAUGAGGGAAAAUAUCUCACCUGCCAUUCUAUGUAAAGGCACCAUAAGCGUUAUAAAGGGUGCCCUCGUGGAUUAUAACCUGUGUGCGACGGCAGAGUUCUUCCAUCUUUCCAAGCAUCUAAAGCUUGAAUCUUUCCGAUCUGACGGUCUGGCUGAGAGUUGUUUUCAAAGCUUAGUCUUCUUCAUGUUAAUGGUAUUUCAGGAAUGGAAUGGAAAAUUGCAGAUACUAGGAGCGGGUGAUCUAAUGUUUGGAAUUUGGAAACAAAAACCCCCAGAUUUUGGGACUAUAACCCCCUCAAACGAUUGCAAAGUUGAGGACACGGAUCUGAUCCCAAUUUUCCCACCAAAAUAUCCAGAAAGUUCCAAAAAUAAUCAUAGUAAAUAAUCUCAGCUGUUGGAGUUGGUGGUAAUCGGCUGCUGGAGUUGGAGGUUGGCUGUUGUUGUGGAGCCUUGCUUAUUGCCUUCUUGAUGUUGCUGGGGGCGUUUUGGCAUGGACCUGUCUUGGGCUGUUUCUAGCCCCAUCUCAGCUCUGUUUUUCGUGUAUUUUUCUUGCUUUGUCAUACUUUAUAGUGCUGAGGUACGAUAGGUGAAGGCUGAUCUUUUCUUUUUUUUUGUGGCACGCACCUGAAUGGUUGUAUGGCCAGUUAUUCAUAUCAACAAAUUUAUGAGUGAUUAGCUCCCACUUUUUUUAAAAAGAAAAAGAAAAAAGCUGUUAAAAAUGGAGAUAUAUUUGAGAGACCGUACAUUUAUGAAGAUGAGUGUAGACCAUUAAAAACAUUCCUUUUAAUGGAAGUUUGAUCUCAUCCACAACACUCACUGAGUAUGCAUAUUUACUUGUGUUUUCCUCUUCUUCUUUUUUUUUUUUUUUCUUUUUUAAAAAUGGUGGAAGCACACCACAUAUAACUUUGUUAAUUGAUUGGCAAAAUAGUUUAGUUAUGUUAUAUUUGCUAUAGAUAGCUGAAUGGGAUGAAUAUUCCACAGUACAUUGCUCAUGGCCAAUAAACUAACUGCAAUUGGACGCUCAUAAUCAUACAAUUAAGGUCAUGCUAAGUGGAUCAUAAGACUGGUAAGAGUAAAAAUGAUUUUUCUGUCCAUUUUCAGAGUUUUAUUUGAAUGACCAUGAUUACA